UGGGGCCCCCGGGCAAUAGGGGAUCAUGGGGCCCCUGUGUCCUUGCCCAAACUCAAAAAAGCCUAUGAAAAAGGUACCAGGGGCAUCUCAUGGGGCCCCCUACUGACCCCGGGCCCUUGGGCAGUGCCUGAGUUCCCAAAUGGUCAGUUCGCCCCUGUGGGAGACCAGAUAUAGUGAAUGCAGGGUCCUGGGUUUAGUAACACUUUAACUUUUCUUUACAUUUUUUUCAGUUACUUCCUUGUUUCCAGGGUUAGAUAAAUGAUGUCAAACAUCCAAGGAGUCUUCAGAAGGGGAGGAGAGGUUUUCUCAGCUAAUCAUCCCCUCAUGUCAGCAUGC